UCAGGAAGCACGUUUCCUUUUAAAAGACAGCCGGGAAACUCGCAACCAAAACAAACGUCAUUUUGUACUGGUAUUUUAUACUAUUGUCACAAACGCUUGAAAAACGCUAAACAGAGAAAACGCUAUGAACAUGGACACGAUGCUUUACGUAGAUCAGGAGAAUGGCAGACUGACUACUCCAGCCAUCAAAUCUCGCCAGAAAAGACUGCAUUCAGCACCAGAUCAGUGCUUGAGAACACCUCUGACGGGAAAGACACAUCUCUGUACUCCCCUGCAAUCAAACCGGACAGCUUUAGGUGCUGUAAAUAAGAUUCUUACCACUUCAGCAACUUCUAAAAAAACAGAGGAGAAAGUGAAACCUGCUGAAAAAAAUAAGUGCAGUGUGCCAUCUCAGCCUGCAGAUGCAGAAUACCCGGAGAUUGAGAAGUUCUUCCCAUACAAUCCAAGCGAGUUUGAGACAUACAGCGUUCCGGAUGAAGUCUGCCUCAGUCGUUUUUCUCUUGCUGGUCUGGCAAAACUGCAAAGGCCACCAGCCCCACCUGUGGAAGAGUUGCUUAUGCUGGAUCCAUGUUUGCCAUUUUCACCUUUAAAGAUGCCCAAAGAAACUGAAUACGUGGAUGAAAUGAAGGCUUUCCUACAGACGAUUGAUGAGCUGACCAUUGACCUGCCACCUGAAGCUGAAUUCUAAAUGAAUUUUGUGACACUUUUUUUUUAAACGUUUUAAUAAAGUUUCCGUUGUUUUAAAGCAGCUGUUCUGAUUUCUGAAAACGUAUAGGCCUGGUUUCACAGACAAGGCUUGGCUAAAGCCAGGACUAAGCCUUCAUUAAAUUAUGCUAUAAGCAUAUACAUGCCUUAAAGUGCCAUAGAUCUUUUUCUAAUGUCAGUGGAAGUGUUUUCAUUUGAGACCACACAAACAUGUCUUAGUCUAGGACCAGCCUUAAGCCUUGUCUGUGAAACUGGGGGUUAGUGUCUUUUAAAUAAAAAUGUAUAACUUU